GGCAUUCGUGAUGGCAUUGAAGUAACCCCAGCUUCCAGGCCAGGUGGUGAGAGUGCCGUUUCCAACUAAGCUGUAACUUAGCCAUGCUCUGCACACUAGGAUGGUGGUUAAUGGAGUUUCCUAUGUUAUUCGAGAUGAAGUGGAGAAGUAUAACCGGAAUGGAGUCAAUGCCCUGCAGCUGGACCCAGCGCUCAACAGGCUCUUCACCGCGGGGCGGGACUCCAUCAUCAGAAUAUGGAGUGUCAAUCAGCACAAGCAAGACCCAUACAUAGCAUCUAUGGAGCACCACACAGACUGGGUGAAUGACGUCGUGCUCUGCUGCAAUGGGAAGACAUUAAUAUCUGCUUCUUCAGACACGACGGUCAAAGUGUGGAACGCACACAAAGGGUUCUGCAUGUCCACACUCAGGACGCACAAGGAUUAUGUAAAGGCCUUAGCCUAUGCCAAGGACAAAGAGCUGGUGGCAUCGGCUGGAUUGGACAGACAAAUAUUCCUUUGGGAUGUGAACACUCUAACAGCACUGACUGCCUCAAAUAACACUGUCACAACUUCUUCUUUAAGUGGGAACAAAGAUUCCAUUUAUAGCCUGGCCAUGAACCAACUGGGAACAAUCAUUGUAUCGGGGUCCACUGAGAAGGUUCUAAGAGUGUGGGAUCCAAGAACCUGUGCAAAACUCAUGAAGCUGAAAGGACACACGGACAACGUGAAGGCACUGCUGCUGAACAGAGACGGCACACAGUGUCUGUCUGGGAGUUCUGACGGAACAAUUCGCCUGUGGUCCCUUGGCCAGCAGAGAUGUAUAGCAACGUACCGAGUCCACGAUGAAGGCGUUUGGGCUCUACAAGUCAACGAUGCCUUCACGCAUGUAUAUUCUGGAGGAAGGGACAGGAAGAUUUACUGCACAGACCUAAGAAACCCUGACAUUCGGGUGCUGAUUUGUGAAGAAAAAGCACCAGUUCUCAAGAUGGAGCUUGACAGAUCAGCAGAUCCCCCUCCUGCAAUCUGGGUUGCAACAACAAAGUCCACAGUAAAUAAAUGGACACUGAAGGGAAUUCAUAAUUUCCGAGCCUCUGGUGAUUAUGACAAUGACUGUACAAAUCCCAUAACGCCACUCUGCACACAGCCCGACCAGGUUAUUAAAGGGGGCGCUAGUAUCAUCCAAUGCCACAUCCUCAAUGAUAAGAGACAUAUACUAACCAAAGAUACGAAUAACAAUGUGGCUUACUGGGAUGUGUUGAAGGCAUGCAAAGUGGAGGAUUUGGGCAAAGUGGACUUUGAAGACGAAAUUAAGAAAAGAUUUAAAAUGGUGUACGUUCCAAAUUGGUUCUCAGUAGAUCUAAAAACAGGGAUGCUGACGAUUACUCUGGAUGAAAGUGACUGCUUUGCUGCCUGGGUUUCUGCGAAAGAUGCUGGCUUCAGCAGUCCCGAUGGGUCAGACCCAAAAUUGAACUUGGGAGGACUUCUCCUACAGGCUCUCCUUGAGUACUGGCCGAGAACACACGUGACUCCCAUGGACGAAGAAGAGAAUGAAGUGAACCAUGUGAGUGGGGAGCAGGAGAGCAGAGUCCAGAAGGGAAAUGGGUAUUUCCAAGUGCCCCCCCACACCCCUGUGAUAUUUGGCGAAGCUGGAGGUCGCACACUGUUCAGGCUGCUCUGCCGGGAUUCCGGGGGCGAGACUGAGGCGAUGCUUCUCAAUGAGACAGUGCCACAAUGGGUAAUUGACAUCACUGUGGAUAAAAAUAUGCCCAAAUUCAACAAAAUUCCUUUCUACCUCCAACCUCAUGCAUCUUCAGGAGCAAAAACUUUAAAAAAAGACAGACUCUCUGCCAGUGACAUGCUGCAGGUCCGGAAGGUGACGGAGCAUGUCUACGAGAAGAUUAUCAACCUGGAUAAUGAGUCUCAGACCACCAGCUCUUCUAAUAAUGAGAAGCCAGAGCAGGAGAAGGAGGAGGAUAUUGCUGUGUUGGCAGAGGAGAAAAUUGAACUUCUGUGCCAGGACCAGGUUUUGGACCCAAAUAUGGACCUACGAACAGUAAAGCACUUCAUCUGGAAGAGCGGCGGGGACCUCACACUCCAUUACCGCCAGAAGUGCACGUGAAGGGGGGCCAAGUCCUGGGUUAUUCAUCAACCUUCCUCUGGGGCCCUGAGUAGUCCUAGGAAGCCCACCAAGCCCUACCGGGAGCAGGAGCUCCACCGGCCGAUUUGGUGGAGUCACUAAUCGAGAUGUAAUAUAGAACCAGGCUCCAUGCAUAGAUUAAGGUGUCCCCAGGGACUCAGUGUGAGGACAGGAGCCCCAAGCAGUCCUUCGAGGUGUGCAGAGACCUACAACAGCCGUGCGGACUUCACUGACCCCUUUUGAAGGCCCUCUGUCUCUUAGCACUUGUUAGAGAACAUCAGCGGGGCCACAUCUGUCACCGCGUUUCAAACCCAUGAGUUCUGCGGCUUCUCUAAGUACAUUCCACUCAUGCAGUACCUAUGAAGGCUUUUUCCAAAUUUGUCAUUACAAAAAAAAAAAAAAAAAAAAUGUUUUCAUCAUCAUGUAAGAGUUUUGUUUUAAUGGGAAUCAUCACUGUUGCACAAUUCAAGAACCAGCCCACUUUGUAAGAAAUGACCAUGUUGGGCUACUUUUGAAAUACGGGAUCUCAGCUGUGGUCUGUAGGAGGACCUCCUGCCACUGCACCUGUGUUGUGCAGUACUGUCCCAUAGCAGCCCCAACAGCGGUGGCCACUGUCCUUCCUCCAGCAACCAGUCUUCCUCAGAGGCAGUGUCAGUGGGAACCACAGCCUCGCAACCUGGGUGAGCAGCACGAUACUGUCCACUUAAGACCAUGCUGAAGUCUCAGUUUCAUUCAAAUGCUACCUAAAGUUUGUGUUAUUAGAGUAAAAAGAUCUCACAGUCAGUUGGUUUGA